ACCUUUAUCUCCUUCUUAAUUUUACAAACAUGGAGAUUACUCUGUUAUUCAUUGGCUUAUUCACUGUUACUUUAGCUGAAUUUAUUCAGCUAAGUCCAGAUCAGGAAAAAGAAGCUACUUUGGCUCUUGAAAAUCCUGAUUUAUAUGAGGGUGAUAUAGCUGGUAUUGAUGGAUCUUUGGACAUUGAACGAAACGCUAUCCCUUAUAUUAGGAGGAGAUGGCCAAACGCGACAAUUCCUUACGUCAUACACUCUUCGUUAAGACGUAGAGAAGCCUUAAUCAUGAGAGCUAUGGAUAAUUACCAUAAUAACACCUGUGUUCGAUUUGUUCCAAGAACAGACGAAAGGAACUAUGUCAUACUCUUUUCAGGGCAAGGGUGUUAUUCUUGCGUGGGAAAAAUUAAUGGCCAGCAGAGAUUAUCACUUGGUAACGGCUGUCACUACUUUGGUACAAUAAUCCAUGAGUUGGGACACGCAGUUGGAUUCGAUCACGAACAUAACAGAUCAGACAGAGAUGAGUACUUGAUAAUUUAUUUGGAAAAUGUUGCAAAAAGUCGUCAGAAGAACUUCCGAAAGCUUAGUCCACAAGGGAAUAUCUUGUACAAUACAUUUGAUUACGACUCCAUCAUGAUUUACGAUAGCAAAGCCUUCUCCAUGAAUGGAAAGGACACGAUGGUGGCCAGAAAUGGACAGAGAUUAUUUCACGCAUUCAAAAAGCCGGGAAUGACCAAAAGUGAUAUUGAAAGAGUAAACAAACUGUACAAAUGUGAAUCUUAUUAAUAAAUGAUAAGAAUAUAAUGUU